GUUAUCGCGUUUCUAAUUGAUUCGUAUCAAUCCCAUAGGCGACUGUCGCCAAGUCUCGAGCUAUGCAACGUAGAGCCGGUGGUGUUUGAAGAGUUACGGCGCUUCCAGCUCCACAUACCAAUUCGAAUAAUCAGCAAAACUGGCUCACGACAACUCCCGCUGAAUGCCUCUAUAGCAAAAGAGGCAUCCGACUACUGGAAAUGCCUCAAUCGAACAACAAAAGCGAGGUACGUGAUGCUGCUCGAAGAUGACGCGCUUGUCGUUCCGGAAUUCGCUAGAAUGAUGACCUCACUAAUGAAACAACUGGAUCGCAGACCGUACGUCGACUACGUGAAGCUCUACCACCCCAAUCAACUGCGAAAGAUCCCAUCCAUUCCAAUGGUACCAGAAUCCUGUCAAUAA